AUUGAAGCUGAGGACCAGGAGCUGGCAACCUUCUGUGGCAGGGAGGCAACGGACACAGAGCAGACUCCUGGCCAGCAAGUGAUCCUGUCCCCAGGGCCCUACAUGGGGCUCACCUUUAGGUCCGACUUCUCCAAUGAAGAACGCUUCACCGGCUUUGAUGCCCAUUACACAGCCGUGGAUGUGGAUGAGUGCCUGGAGAAAAGCGAUGAGGACCUGACAUGUGACCACUACUGCCACAACUACAUUGGCGGGUACUACUGCUCCUGCAGAUUUGGCUACAUCCUCCACUCUGACAACAGGACCUGCAAAGUGGAGUGCAGUGACAACCUCUACACCCAGAGGAGCGGGGUGAUUGCCAGUGCUGACUUCCCCAGCUCCUACCCCAAGAGCUCAGACUGCCUAUACCGUAUCGAGCUGGAGGAGGGUUUCUUCAUCACCCUGAGCUUCGAGGACAGCUUUGAUGUGGAAGAUCACCCGGAGGUGACCUGUCCAUAUGACUACAUCAAGAUCAAAGCUGGCCAAAAGGAGUUUGGACCAUUUUGUGGAGAGAAGUCCCCAGGACGCAUUGAAACUCAAACCAAUAGCGUGCAGAUCCUCUUCCACAGUGACAACUCCGGAGAGAACAGGGGCUGGAAGCUGUCAUACACAGCAAUUGGAAACCCAUGCCCAAUGGUGCAACCACCAAUCAAUGGGAAAAUUGAGCCUUCUCAAGCCAAGUACACUUUCAAAGACCAGGUUGUCAUCAGCUGCAACCCUGGAUACAAAGUGCUGAAGGAUGACCUGGAAAGCGACUCCUUCCAGAUCGAGUGCCUGAAGGAUGGGACAUGGAGUAACAAGGUCCCUAUCUGCAAAAUUGCUGACUGCAAAGCACCGCGGGAGCUGGAACAUGGUUUUGUCACCUUCUCCACCAGGAACAACCUGACCACUUACAGAGCAGCCAUCCAGUACCACUGCCAGCACCCCUACUACCACAUGGCCCCCAACAGCACUGCCACCUACACAUGUGACGCAUCGGGGGUUUGGAGGAGCGAGGAGCUGGGGACCAAGCUGCCAUCCUGCCAACCAGUGUGUGGCCGGCCGGUUCGUCCUCUGCCCGGGAUCAUCAAGCGGAUCAUCGGCGGGCGGAACGCAGAGCCUGGCUUCUUCCCCUGGCAGGCCCUGAUUGUGGUGGAGGACAUGUCCCGGGUGCCCAAUGACAAAUGGUUUGGCAGUGGGGCCCUGCUCUCAGACUCCUGGGUCCUGACAGCCGCCCACGUGCUCCGGUCUCAGCGGCGGGACAAGACUGUCAUCCCCGUCUCCAAGGAGCAUGUCACUGUCUAUCUGGCCCUUCAUGAUGUGAGGAACAAGAUGGAAGCUGUCAACCGGACAGUGGAGAAGAUCAUCCUCCAUGAGGACUUUGACAUCCAGAACUACAAUCAUGACAUUGCUCUGGUCAAGCUGAAGGAGAAGGUGACUAUGGGAAAGUACGUCAUGCCCAUCUGUCUGCCCCAGUUUGAGCACGAGCUGGAGGGGCCUCACCCUAACACUCUGGGGCUGGUGGCUGGCUGGGGUAUCUCCAACCCCAACAUCACAGUGGACGAGAUCAUCAGCUCAGGCAUGAGGACCCUGUCCGACAUCCUGCAGUACGUCAAACUGCCGGUGGUGCUGCAUGCUGAGUGCAAGACCAGCUACGAGUCACGGUCAGGCAACUACAGCGUGACCGAGAACAUGUUCUGCGCUGGCUAUUACGAGGGUGGGAAGGACACUUGUUUGGGAGACAGUGGGGGAGCCUUCGUCAUCCAGGACCCAGGAACCCGGAGGUGGGUGGCCCAAGGGCUGGUCUCAUGGGGUGGCCCAGAGGAGUGUGGUAGCAAGCAGGUGUACGGUGUGUACACCAAGGUCUCUAACUAUGUGGACUGGGUGGAGAAGAAAACAGGCUCCUCAGAGAGGUGGACAUUUCUGGACCCAGAGCUGGAGAGAUGA